GAUGCGACAUAUUAAUUAUUAAUUUUUUAAAUCGUCUUAAAUAACUAAAUUAAAUUUAGAAAAAAAUCCCGUUUGACAUUCUCGCAAAAGCAAAAGCUUUCUGCUAAUCAUCGCUGUGUAUGUGAGGUAUAUCUGCAUGGAUCAUGAUCGCGUUCAAAAAGUGAGUAAAGUAAAACUCAAGGCCUUGGAUUAUGAAGACUGGGAUAAAGUUAAUACAAGCGAUACGAACGAACUUCGAAACCUGAUUGUAUGGCUCGAGGAUCAAAAAAUUCGAUACUACAAAGUAGAAGACCGAGAUUUCUUGCGGGACAUCGAAUCUGAAAAAUGGCCUCAAUCAUUUGAUAGAUAUUGCAAAGAUGUUGGCUGUCCAAUAACCACAAUAAUGCCGGAUAAAGUAGAAUGGUUCCUAGGACAAGCAAUUCGAUAUGAUUAUGAAGAUAAUCAGAAAGUGUACCAAGAAUUUCUGAGUAAAAAGGCAAAAAAAAAGAACGAGAUUGCCGCUCCGACAGUUAAAUCCACGAAUCCAUUGGACAAUUUGAAUUUCGACAGUAAAGAAUUCAAGGAAGGAGUAAGCUCCCUAGCGAAGCUUCUGUCAAUCCAGGAACAUCCGGAUCAUUUGGUGACUUUGGAAGCUUGCAGCAAAUUCGUUCGCAAAAAAUUAAGCCCAACUGUCGUACAAAAUCCGAGCGCCUUUAUCCCGAAAGGCAAGCCUUUUCCCGUCUUGGAUUUCAAAUACGGCUCCGAUUUAGGCGAUCCACUUCUGAACAAAGCCGUCAAAAUUCUGAAUCUCCUAUACAUUCAAGAUCUUAGAGAUCUGCAAACGAAAAUUAACGAAGCAAUCGUCAGCGUUCAAACUAUUACUGCCAAUCCAAAAACGGAUACGAAAUUGGGAAAAGUUGGAUUUUAAGACCGAUUGCUGUUUAAUUUAAUUAGAAACAGUCACUUUUCAUUAUUGUUGCCAAAAGAAUGUGCUCGUGAGUGUUUUUGUAAUACUUUAAUUAUAAUUUAGGUACUAAUUUGCGAUAUUAUGAAACUAGUCGAAAUAAAUUUUGAUAGCAUAUUUCUACAACCCCUUUACCAGGAACUAACAUCAUCAAUCGCGCACUAUGCGCCCAUGUAAUUUUUCAUUUUGAAGGUAACAAUAAUUUGUAAUACAGAAUAAAAAUUUCGAAUAACUACA